AUGGCUGCGAUUAUUCGUUUUUUCUCUCGUAGGUGGCGCAAAACUCAGCGGAAGCCGGAGCACAGUGGUGUGGCAGAGAUGUCACAUGUCUCAUUUGAUGGAAGUAAAAAGAAGUCAAAUGAUUUGGAAUGCGUAGUUGAAUACAUUGAUGGAUCGUGCACAACAUUCUUCCUACCUAAAAAUGCCGAAGGUAGUAAGCUGUACGAUUUAGCCUUUGCAUUUAUUGGGCUUAAUGAUGAACGUGAGUACUUUGGUCUCAGAAUCGAUGAUAAAUUGAAGCCCUGGGUUGAUCCUACGAAACCAAUUCGUAAGCAAUGUCGAGUGGGUCCACCAUAUCGGUUUUUAAUGAGGGUCAAAUUCUUUUCGGCGGAACCUCAAAAACUUAGAGAUGAAUACACUCGCUAUUUGUUUGUUUUACAAUUGAGAAAGCAGCUUGAACAGGGAACGCUACAGUGUACAGAUGAUCAGGUUUUAGCCGAGUUGGCUGCGUUUCUACUUCAAGGCGAAUUCGGUGCUUAUGAUCAACGUCAACAUACACCUGCUUUUGUGUCGACUAUCCCAUUUUAUCCACAUGACCGUCAGACAGAAACUCUCGAGCUUGCUAUUCUGCAGGAAUAUAAAAAACUAAGAUCUCGCGAGUGGACACCCGAAGAAGCAGAUCGAAUUUUUCUGGAUCGAGUCCGUUUCUUGCCAAACUACGGUGUUGACAUGCAUACAGUUAAGGGAAAAGAUAACGAAAAUUACACUCUUGGACUUACACCAACAGGCAUUCUUGUAUAUGAAGAUGAAGAAAAAAUAGGACUUUUUGUCUGGUCCAUGAUCCUGAAACUUGAUAUGCACGGCAAGAAAUUGAAACUCGUGGUUGCGGAAGAAAAUGAGCAGGCACGCAAAGUGAUGGAACACACAUUCGUUUUUGUUCUGCCUGAUGUUCGAGCUUGCAAACACCUCUGGAAGAGCGCUGUCGAACAUCACGCUUUCUUCCGUCUCAAAGGAAUUCCCAAGCCUCCCACCAAGUUGCAACAAUUUUUCCGCCUCAAAUCACGUUUCUACGCUAGUUUCCGCACGGAGCAUCAACUAGCACAGGAGAAUAAUUUUGGAAGUAGUUCCUUCCGUCGUCGAAACACAUCCACAGGUCAAUCUCUGCGUUCUGACGCUAGUGCCAAGGCGCUCAAUCGCUUGAAUAGCGAUGCUGGAGUUACUCGAUCUAACUCCAGCUUUAGGCGCGUGUCUACGCGGCGUGUGGCAGCUAGACCGAGCUUUGUGAAUCGAUCAUCUAGUCGACCUCAACCCUCGGCUGGUAAUCAAGUACUACAACCUCCAACACGAUCCACAAGACCGCCAAAUGUUGAAGAUACUCGUGCUCAUAGUCCAGCCAACCCAAACUCGUCUUUGUAA